CAGAGUUUCCGUACGAAGAAAGGGCAGUAAUUCUGAGAAAUUUCGAGAAGAGAACAUGGCUGACAUAAACAAGAAGAAGGCAGAAGCCCUGAAAAGUCAAGGAAAUGAGGCAUUAAGUCAGGGAAAGUUUGAGGAGGCCAUAGGGAGUUACACGGAGGCAAUUCAGCUGGACCCGGACAACCACGUACUGUACAGUAACAGAUCAGCCGCUCUCACUAAAGCAGGGAAAUACCUGGAGGCCAUAGGGGAUGCCGACAAAGCUAUUAAUCUACAGCCAAACUGGGCUAAGGGAUAUUCCAGGAAAGGCACUGCCCUGUGUUGUCUAAAUAGAUAUGAGGAGGCAAAUGAGGUUUUCUCUGAUGGGCUCAAGGUGGAUCCAGAAAAUGCCGCCCUCAAAGAAGGACUACAGAAGACCAAAGAUGUUCUUACAGGUCCUGGAAAUAGCCAACCUAUACCGAGUCCUUUUGCUGUUCCUGACAUGAUGGAGAAGCUACAAGCAAACCCUAAAACACGAGAGUUUCUUAAACAACCCGAUUACCGUGCUAUGAUUGAAAAGCUACAGAAAAAUCCUAAUGACCUCAAGGACAUGGCCGAUCCCAGAAUAAUCACCACUCUAGGUGUUCUCAUGGGAUUCGAUGUCAGCACUCCUUCAGCUUUCACAGAGGAAAACAUGGAGACAGACACACAGCAACCUCAGACUUUCCCAGAAUCUCAAAAUGCCUCAUCUUCUAACCCCAGCCCCUCUGAAUCCUCAGCUUCUAGUAGUACAAAGAAUGUUAACACAAAGGCACUUGAAGAAAAACAAAAGGGUAAUGCAGCAUACAAGAACAAAGAUUUUGAGACAGCCCUCAGCCAUUACUCUGCAGCAAUUGAGCUAGACCCAACAGACAUCACAUUCCGCAAUAACAGAGCAGCGGUGUAUUUUGAACAAGAAAACUAUGACAAAUGUAUAGAAGAAUGUGAAAAGGCUGUGGAAAUUGGACGAGAAAAUAGAGCAGAUUACACACUUAUAGCAAAAGCUCUAGCCAGAAUUGGUAAGGCUUAUAUGAAGAAAGAUGAUGAAGAGAACGCUCUACGCUAUUUUAACAAGUCUAUCUCCGAGUACCGGACGCCAGAAAUUUCAAAAUUAAUUGUAGAAAUUGAGAAAAGAAUGAAGGAUAAGGAGCGUCUGGCUUACAUCAACCCAGAGAUUUCAUUGGAGGAAAAGAACAAAGGCAAUAAAUUAUUUCAAGAAGGAAAAUAUCCAGAGGCAAAGAAACAUUAUGAUGAAGCUAUCAAGAGGAAUCCAGAUGAUGCCAAAUUGUACAGCAAUAGGGCGGCCUGCUACACAAAAUUAAUGGAAUUCAACCUGGCUAUUGCAGAUUGUGAAAAAUGUAUUGCACUGGAUCCCAAAUUUAUAAAAGGUUAUCUCAGGAAAGGAAGUAUUCUGCUUGCAAUGAAGGAGCCCACCAAAGCUAUAUCUGCUUACCAGAAAGCCCUGGAGCUUGAUCCCAAGUCUGAGGAGGCUCAGAAAGGUUACCGUGAUGCUUUGAUGGCUGAGGGUAGCGACCCUGAGGCUGUGAGAAGACGAGCAAUGGGAGACCCGGAGGUACAGGCCAUUCUAAAUGACCCAGCCAUGCGCAUGAUCCUGGAACAAAUGCAGAAAGACCCCAAUGCUGUCAGAGAACAUUUGAAGAAUCCAGACAUUGCAGCAAAGAUUGAGAAACUCCUGGAAUGUGGCAUAAUAGCUAUCCGUUGAUGACUGUAAUAUGAAUGUUAGUUUUAAUGCUCCAUGAAGAAAUGAAAAUGUACAAAAUUCGGAGAUUAACACUCAGAAUUUUUUCCUAAAUGAGGACCAAUCAGUGAAUGAAUUGCUUGAUUUAA